AAUGGGCCGGGCCUGGGAUAGGCUGAGCCCAGAGUGAGCGGCGCCAUGCACAGCCCUCCACACUAACCGCUAAGCAGCACCAAUGUCUCUCCGACUCUUCUGUAAUGUGUGCUCCGAGGUUUAUGUUGUCGUGUUAUUUCACUGACACAGGAUGUAAGAAGGGAACAUCUGUAAUAAAAUGGCGGCGGUUUAAGUCUAACUUUCGCGUGUGGCACGGCGAAGGGUGGCAGAGGCAGUUGGCCGUUUCUAAAGUUGUCGGUAAAACAGGGCGUUAAAGGCGCAGUACACUCGUUUUGUGUGACCGCAAGCAUGGAGAAGCAGCAACAGCAGGAGCAGAGCAACUUGGACCGAGACAGACAGUACUGUGAACUUUGUGGGAAGAUGGAGAACCUCCUUAAAUGUGGCAGGUGUCGGAGCUCCUUUUACUGCAGCAAGGAGCACCAGAAACAACAUUGGAAGAAGCACAAGCUCAGUUGUAAGGAGGCGGACCAGGCACAAUCUGCCGUGCAGAGAGUGGAGCAGCAGCCGCCGACGACACAACCACAGCAGCUACAGCCUGGGGACAAGGCAUCGGGGAAAGCCGGUGUUAAGAAAACACAUCCAGCGCAGGCGGAUUCACCACAAACCACUCAGACAGAAGCGUCCGGUGAUGACGGUUCAAACAAUAACAACGCCACGCCAAACGGACAGACCAGCUCUUCUCCUCAGAAACUUGCCACGGACUACAUCGUCCCCUGCAUGAACAAGCACGGCAUCUGUGUGGUGGACAACUUUUUAGGAGCAGAAACCGGACAGGCCAUUUUGGACAAUGUCAAAUCUUUGUAUAAAACAGGCAGGUUCACGGACGGACAGUUAGUUAGCCAAAAAAGCGACUCCACUAAAGACAUCCGUGGAGACAAAAUCACGUGGAUAGAAGGCAGGGAAGCCGGCUGUGAGAAGAUUCGCUUCCUCAUGGGUCGCAUGGACGACCUGAUCAGACAUUGUAACGGCAAACUGGGAAACUACACAAUAAAUGGAAGGACGAAAGCAAUGGUGGCUUGUUAUCCUGGAAAUGGAACAGGAUACGUGCGCCAUGUGGAUAAUCCUAAUGGCGAUGGGCGCUGUGUCACAUGCAUCUAUUACCUUAAUAAAGACUGGAAUGCCAAGGAACACGGUGGUCUUCUUCGAAUCUUCCCCGAAGGAAAGGCUCAGUUUGCGGACAUAGAGCCCAAAUUUGACCGUCUGCUGCUCUUCUGGUCAGACAGACGGAAUCCUCACGAGGUUCAGCCUGCCUUCUCCACCAGGUAUGCCAUCACUGUGUGGUAUUUUGAUGCGGAUGAGCGAGCCAGAGCUAAGGAAAAGUACUUAACAGGAGAAAAAGGUGUCAAAGUGGAGCUCAACAAACCGUCAGAUCCCAGCUAGUGGGAACCCUCAUUCCCCACCAGCAGCCAUUAAGUGCUCUCUUUCCAGAAAGUGGCCUGAAGAGUGUGUGUGCGUUUUACAAAACAGCUUGAAUGGGUGGAAAGUCUCCUUAAGACAAAACAACCACGCCGAUAUCUGCUCGUUUCCAGUAAAUCCAGUAGACCUUGAAUGUCAACACGUCAUACUGAAAGGGAUCUUGUGUUUUCUCACCCCCUGGGUGGAGAAGGCCUACUUCAUAAACUGACGUUUUCAGACCGGAAAUUAAGCUUGGACAACUUCUACAUCCAUUGCAUUUUUGUUCAUUUUAUUUUAUUUUUUUUUCAGUGAAGUCAUUUAAGGUACAGUGUUUGUGCGUGUGUUCAAAGUGCUGAGCUUUUUACAUGGAAUCAGCUGUUCUAAGAUGUUGUAUGGCAAAUUGUGAUUGAGUUCGCAAUAAAACCGUGAAUGAUCUGAAUUUAAAA